AUGGUCACAAAUGACAGAGAGCAAAGACUCAGAACGUGUGCUGAGAAGCCUCGCAACUGCCAAUGGCGGCACCAAAUCAAGAUUCGAUUGAUCUUAAAGAAUUCACCUGGUUUGGGUGAUUCAUGGGGAUGUCGUGCUCCUUCAUCUCUCGAUAAGGUCGCCAAGGAACUUGGAUCUCAUCUGCUACAGACACUUGACGGGUUUAUUUUUGUGGUCGCUCCUGAUGGAAAGAUGAUUUACAUAUCUGAAACGGCAUCCGUUCAUCUUGGAUUGUCUCAGGUGGAGUUAACUGGAAACAGUAUUUAUGAAUAUAUUCAUCCGGCUGAUCAUGAUGAAAUGACCGCGCUUUUGACGGUACAACAGCCCUACCAUGCCCACGUACUCUCUGAUUUCGAAAUCGAACGAACUUUCUUUCUCAGAAUGAAAUGUGUUUUAGCUAAGCGAAACGCGGGUCUGACGUCAGCUGGGUAUAAGGUUAUCCAUUGCUUUGGUUAUCUGAAAAUAAAGCAAUAUACCAUGGAUAUGGCGCCAUUUGACGGUUGUUAUCAAAAUGUGGGUCUGAUAGCCGUUGGACACUCUUUACCGUCAAGCUCGAUUUUCGAUUAAAAAUUAAUUAAUAAUUCAUCAAUAUGUCUCAAUCAAUCAUAUUACAAAUCGAUUCUUUCAACUUAUAGGGUUGCCGCAUUAACUGGGUACGAGCCUCAGGAUCUUAUAGAAAAAACACUUUACCAUUAUGUACACGCCCUCGAUGUUCUCCACUUGAGAUAUGCACAUCAUAUACUAUUACUUAAAGGCCAAGUUACAACGCGGUACUAUCGUUUCUUGUGUAAACAAGGAGGAUGGGUUUGGAUCCAGAGUGCUGCCACCAUCGUUCAUAAUAGCAGAUCAUCAAGGCCUCAUUGCAUAGUUAGCGUCAACACAGUUCUCUCAAGUACGGAAGAAAAAGCUAAAGCAUUUCACCUUGAUCAACUGGAGGCCCAAACAGAAGCAGCUUAUCCUGAGACCAGCGAAAAAUCACGAGCUGGAAAGUUACGGCAAAAUCGUUCAAAACUUCGAUCUAAAUCCUCCCCUUAUUCUGUUGCAACACAGCCAUUUGUUUAUGCUGAAGCUCUUAGUAGUGAAUAUGCGCAAGAUCGUUUGUAUGGACAUUACGCAGCCUGUGAGGGUGCUUUCCAAGUUCCCCCUUACGUAGCAGCUCAAUACAGUGAUAGCUAUACGGCGGUCUACCCUGGUACUCUUGCCAGUUAUCAAGCGAACUUGUAUUCUGAUGGUGCAUAUGCAUACGCGGGAUCAUACCCGUACGCGAGUACAGGUGCGUUCGCGCAUUAUGCAAACGAGAGAUCACAUCUUACCGCGUACACAGCAGACGAUAGAUAUUAUACAAGUGAUCUCUAUAAUCACUCUCACUGGAGUCGUGACUCGCACUCGAGCCAUGAUCGGUACUCUGCUAAAGCUAGUCAAUCACAUACACUUGCACAAACUUCUGAUCAAUCAGGAAGUAGGACUUCUCAUACGUCAGCUGCUUCUUCACCAAGAGGUUACAGCCAUCCUCACUCAACGAAAGAAGCAACAAGUAGAAAUGUCAAUAGUGUAUCUACUCUUUCUGAAAAUACUCGGCAACAAAGCCAAUCGCAUACGUAUCAAGUGCCAAACGGCACAAGUACUGCUGCACAGGUAUCACCUCAAAGACUUCAAAAUGGCGUUAUAACGAACACAAAUACCAAAUUUGAAACACUUGUGAAAGCUACGCAACAGCUUUCCACUGGAGAUGAGAGGAGAACCUGUCAGAAAAGUUCACCUCCACCUCGAUCCGGUCAAGUUGUGCCGGACACGCCACGUCCAAACACCUCAUCUCCAGCUCAAAACUCGUAUUAUCCGUCAGCAAAAACUGCCUCUUCCAAUCUGGUAGAAACUCCGAGUCUAAAUCGAAGACAUUCAUCAGGAUCCUACGACAGUGCAACAGGUCAAAAUUCUCCGUAUGCUAUAAAUUCCUCUAGCAAGGAAAGGAGCCAAACCACAAAUUCAAACAACACACAAUAUAGUCGCAGUCAAGUGUCGCAUGAAUCAUUAAGACCUUCGCAGAGAACCGAUAUCAGUAUUUAUCCUACACCCACCUCCUCUUAUGUAACAUCCUACAGUCCAUACAACGGGACAUCACCCGAUUGUGCUGUCGUAGGACAGACGGUGACAGCGGAAAACGAAACGUCCAGUCGCUACUUGAACAAUAACGGUGCAAUAUAUAACAAACGAAUUGGAUGGUACGGUAGUAAUACAUGCCAAUCAAGAGAGUCUAUGGUGAAUGGUUAUGUGUAUUGAGCACAGACAUCAUUCGUAUUAAAAGUCUCUAUAGUUUUCAAUUUACAGGCCUCUACAAGACUAUUACCUUCCAAGGAGGUCUAUCCAUUGUCAAUACGAUUUGGACUAAUGGCGUUACAUUGUGUCAUCCAGAAAAAAUAGAACGUUAUUACAAAAUUCCAACAUUGUGAACGUUGUGGUUAAGUUAUAUCAGAAAAUAACGUUAAGAAAACGUUGCAGCUGCAUUUGCUACGUUUAUUCAUGGUUCUACAAAAAAUGGUCUGUACACCAACCUGCAAUGCUACCGUACUAUAACGCAAAAUUGUUAGCUGGGAUGGUGGUCUGAAAGAACAUAUUUCAAAUUUACGGGUUGUACUUGCAUUGUACCACAAUGUCAACUUUUAAAGUAGGAAUAAAUUAAUGGAAAGUUAUUUUUCGGAUCGAAAUUCGAUGAAUUUUAACAAUCCAGUUACCUUGAACAACUCUGUAUAUUUACGUUAGAUAAUGUUUACACGCUGAAACCUGUGUUAAUAAAGACAUUUAAUAGUACAAAUUAAUCUUGUUUAUAGUUUACAGUUACGAUUUCAACAUUUAUUGAACAAUGACAACUUGGAUUGGUCAGAUUUAAUGUACCUAGCCGGAAAGAGUUAAGAUUUCUUUAAAUUGGUUAUCCAUACAUAUUUUAUGUACUAAACUUUCAGUAAUAAUCAACAAAAUACUUUCCUUUAAGAGAUCAGCUCUCCAAAACGAUGUCAAUUUCUGAUAAUUUAUUCGCCUUAAGUAAAGGGAAAAUAUCCAUUUCCUUUAAACAUAUGCCUAAUUAUCGUUUGAUUCCAUGCCUUCCUGCCAUACGUAAAUUUCUCAAUGUUGUUUAACACUCCUACUUCUUCGUUUUAAGUUAUAUAAAUUAGAUUAUGUAAUCACUUGCCACAUUGAAAUUGAAUGACUAUAACAUUGAUUUAAAAGUACUACUCAAGAAAAGGGUUAACCAAUGCAAUACCUUUAACAUUAACGUCAUUUAAUAUUAUCGAAGAUAAGAUUCUGUUUCUCAGAAAGCCACCAGAACACCUUGCAAUUAUUCAAGUAUUAAAAGGUCGUCAAGCUGCUACUAAUAUUUAAAUAUAACCUAAAUAAAAUUAACAAACUUAAGAUUUUGGACUUUCCCAAUUGUCGCGACUGUGUAUGCAGCUCUAGCACUAGAACACCUUGUAAUAAGCCAGGUAGGCCUAUUAAGAAGUCGUCAAGUCACUACUUAUACUUAAAUAUAACUUAAAUAAAAUAAAAUAAACAAAUUUAAAGACAGAAAAACAACUUCAAUUUAGCAUACAUUUCAUAGUGGAGGCUUAUCACCUUCAAUCGAAGAUGAUGCAAACCUGAAUAAUCUUAAAUUUUCAAAUUUUGACGAUAAAAUAACGACGUAUUGUAGUUAGAGUAGCGUUAAAUAUAACUUUUAUGUUGAGAAAUACUUUGACAAAAUAACCAAACGAAAGCGAAUUGAACUUUAACAAUCCUAAACCCGAUUUUUUUGCCGUCAUUGCCGAGCAACAAAUUUACAAUAAUAAUUCAACAAUUGGUAUAUUGGAUUCUGAACAUCAUGGCUCAACGAUAGGUUUUUGUUUCAGUGGUUUUAUGCCAAAUGGAGUGUGUAUUUAUGAGCCAAGCUCAUUCUUCGUUGUAUUAUAUCUCGCAUAAUUUAGAUUUGUGACUGUUUAUCUUUGUAUUAAUUUGUUGUUAAUGUGGUUCAUACGUUAAUAAAAUGGUUGCAUGUCAUUGUUCAUACUUAACUGAAAUAGAAAUAGAAUAAAGUCUGAUAAAAUAUAA